CAUGUGGGUUCAAAUUAGCAUCAUUUUGUCCAUGCUCUGUGGCUCGGUGCAGUCUUUCCCUCGCAACGCAUUCGAAAGCGUGAAAAAUGGAGUGAGCGAGUUCGAAGCAUCUGGUGCUGGAGCAGACGAACCUGUUCGGGGAUCGGUGAGAGUUGUCCAAGUCGGCCCGCAUUUCCUGAGGCACCACGCUGGGAUGCUCAAGAGCGGCCUGUCACCAAGGCGCACCCCGUCUCUCCGUGGCUCAUUUCCAGAUUUCUUGGCACUCGGUCGCGCAGGUCCUUCUUCUCUUUCCACCAAACUGUCCGUUCCUCCCGUAGCUCACCUGCGCGACAGUCAUCACGGGUUCGAGGCAAAGAAAAGGCAAGGGGCGAGUAUGUGGCAGCGCGUGAUGGACAAGAACGAGCGCGAGAAGGAGACUGUGGCGCUGCCCAUCAAUCCGCGGGAGAUAUCUAAGCAGAGCUGCGCGGCGAUCCCUUUCACUCACCGAGUCACGGCGGUGGGCUGCGAGACAGUGACGGUGCAUAACAACCUGUGUUUCGGCCAGUGCAGCUCGAUGUUCGUGCCUCCCAGUGAAGACGCCUCUCUCCCCGCCACCGGACACCGUGGCACCCCAUGCUCGCGGUGCGCGCCAUCUAAAGCGCGCGUGGUGACGGUUCCCCUGCGCUGCGGGCUCGAGGUGCGACAGAAACGCGUGAUGGUGGUGGAGGAGUGCCAGUGCGAGACAGGACGCGAGCAGCUGAGGGCCGAGUCCGCUGCACGGACACAUUUAUAACCGGGGCAGUGGCGCGUAAAAGAGUAGAGAGAGGUGAUGCGUUCUAGCCGAACUGUUUGAUUCAGGGACAGCGAUGGUACAUUUACCUUGGAAUGUUUUUUGUUUGUUUUUGUUUGCGUGCCAUGUCAUGGUACUUUGUUGUUGUUUGUUGUUUGUUUUGUCUGAACGAUGGAAGGAUGUCCUUCCCGAUAUUUGACGGUUCUAUUUGUUUGUAUAAUGACUAGGUCGAGUCAGCCGGCCAGGGCACUUUGUACUCCGUACUUACUGACGUUGCCAAAAUAUUUCUCUUGGCUCAGUUUUUGUAAUAGUAGCCUAUCUUUACUUUAUGUUAAAGUUUUUAGUUGGUUUGUAUGUUUGUUUUACGUGCGUUUUAUGUAUAUUUGUUCAACUGUGGAGAUGCGUGCACAGUGAUUUUGCACAAGUAGGCUUGGCCUUUUUUCAAAGCUAGAUCGAUACUGUGUAAUACUGCUGAUUCUCCAUCUAUCCGUGUCUGUCUGUCUGUCUAUAUACCUCCUAAUAUAAGAGCCCUGUCGCUUUAUUCUCCUAGCAAAAUAAAGGCAUGGGGCUCUUAUAUUAGGAGGUUUACCACUUACUCUGAGUUAACCUUGACCCAAGUUUGUAUCUAAACCACAUACUUGAACUAUCCCCCCCAGGUAUGCUCGAUCUUGAGCAGGUAUGCUUGAUCUUGUUGAUUUGCACUCAUCUGUGUGUCUAACAAUAAACCAAAUUCUAUUUAUGUG